GAGUGGAGGGGGAGCGCGUCGAUGUUCAGUACCACUGGAAUAGUUUGCACGAAAUGAAGUAGAUGGCGAAAAACUCGUUUUAGUGUGUUUUGAUAAAGAGCAGGCGUUGUUGCAACUUGAUGUCAGCACGGCGAUCUUAGUCACUUGCAUAGGAAGAAAUUUAGCCAAAAUGGCUGAAGAGCUGGGGAGCACUUCAGCCAACCCAUCCUGUAAAAUAAUGACAUUCAGACCUAGUAUGGAGGAGUUUAAAGACUUCAACAAAUACUUGGUUUACAUGGAAAAACAAGGUGCACACAGAGCAGGCCUUGCCAAGGUAAUCCCACCAAAAGGCUGGAAACCAAGACGCACUUAUGAUGAUAUUGAUGACUUAGUGAUCCCGGCUCCUAUUCAGCAAAUGGUAACUGGCCAGUCUGGACUCUUCACUCAGUAUAAUAUUCAGAAGAAAUCUUUGACUGUGAAAGAGUUCCGACGGCUGGCCAACAGUGAUAAGUAUUGUACUCCACAAUAUCUCAACUAUGAAGAUUUGGAGAGAAAAUACUGGAAAAAUCUGACUUUUGUAUCUCCAAUCUAUGGUGCAGAUGUAAAUGGAAGUUUAUAUGAUGAGGGAGUUGAUGAAUGGAGAAUUAGCCAUCUUCAUACCAUCCUGGAUGUAAUCGAGGAGGACUGUGGCAUUUCCAUUGAAGGAGUAAAUACACCGUACCUUUACUUUGGAAUGUGGAAAACCACAUUUGCAUGGCACACUGAAGACAUGGACCUGUACAGCAUCAAUUACCUGCACUUUGGAGAGCCGAAGUCAUGGUAUGGAAUCCCACCAGAACAUGGCAAGAGACUGGAGCGACUUGCAGCAGGAUUCUUCCCAAAUAGUGCCCAGAGCUGUGAGGCCUUUCUCCGUCAUAAGAUGACUCUAAUUUCACCAUCAAUUCUGAAGAAAUAUGGAAUUCCUUUUGAUAAGAUAACUCAAGAAGCAGGGGAAUUUAUGAUCACUUUCCCCUACGGCUACCAUGCUGGUUUCAAUCAUGGCUUUAACUGCGCUGAGUCAACAAAUUUUGCCAGCAUGAGGUGGAUAGACUACGGGAAAAUAGCAAAACAAUGCUCCUGCAGCAAAGAUAUGGUCAAAAUAUCAAUGGAUAUCUUUGUGAAAAAAUUCCAGCCAAAUCGAUACCAGGUGUGGAAACAAGGAAAAGAUAUAUACACAAUUGAUCAUACAUUUCCAACGCUGGCAUCAACACCAGAACUGGAUAGCUGGAUAAACAGAAGAAGGAAACAAGCCACUCCAUCAAUGAACAGAUUCCAUCAUCCCCGAUCUCGAUCUAAAAAGGCAAGAGCUCCAGAGGACAAGAGGACACCCAGCAAGUCAGCUGUAAUUGAAGCUGUUGUCAUUGGAGCUGUCACAGAUGGCGUCAAAGUCAAGAAAAAACCCGAGAGGACGGCAGAGAAAGUGGAGCUGCAAGAGAUAGAAGGGCUGUCUGAAGGAGUACAGGAAAGCAUUAGCAAAAUCCAGCAGCUUCACAAGCCAGUAGAUACAAUCCAGUUAUCAGGGGAAAGCAAGACAGAAUCAAGAGGAGAGAAGAACACAAAAACAAAAAACGUUGUGGCAACAGACAAGACUGUAGCAUCCAGCAGUUGUCCAGAUAUCCACUUAUUUGAAAAAAGCCACCUCUCUUCAUUUAGUACCAUCACUUCAGCGAAAGAACAACAGCCAUUUUCAGCGACCACUAAACAAAUGGUGAAUAAAGAAAAUGACAGAAAUCUUCUUAUUUCUUCAGUUCAUGAAUUGAUGCCUGUUGACUCCGCCUCUUAUCAAUUAAUUCAGCUUAGUCACAUGGCUUCUGGGAAAGAAUUUUCAUUGUUUCAACAAAAUAAAGAAGAAGAUAGCCAGACCCUAAAACCUGAGUUCAGUACUUUACUUAAUCUUACUGAAGAGGUGAAACCAAGCUGUUCCUUAGAAGGCAGAGAAGAUGUGUCUUCCAAUCUGGCCUACUGUGCAAAAGACUGCACAAAGUUUUCCAAAUAUUAUAAGUCAGGAGAUACACCACAAGAAGCAAACAAAAAUCUCUGUUUAUCUCCCUCUUCUUUGAUGCAGAAGGACGAGCCGUCUUCGUCUCAAUUUACUGCAAAUAGGACAUGCCUCGAAAAUUCAGAAUUAGUUAAGGAACAUCACUUGGGCCAAAUUGCAGUGAGUGGUGAUAAAGCAAUCACAUUGGAAAACCAAAUAAAAGGCAGACCGUAUGAAAAUUCUGGAAAAAUUAGCUCUGCUGGCACAGAGAUGCAUUUACCAGUUUUACCACAUAUUACAAAAGAAAGCAUGCCCCCCUGUGCAUUGGAAGAAAAGAAAUCACCAGGACAGCCUUUAACACCAGAGCAGAGCAUUGACAUGCCAUCUUUAAGUCCAGUCUUAAGUGACAGGGAAAUUCCAUCGAGUUCUGUGGAAGAUGAUCAACAAGCCCCAGUACUCAGCAGAGAAGAAACAGCUUGGCCUGAGGCACUCCACUCUGUGAAUGUGCCUAAUGUAGGACUAAAUGAAGAGUCUGCGUCUGCACCUUCAGAUCACUUAGUUGAAACUGUAGUUGGAGGGCAUAACAAAGAAGUGACAUAUCUACCACCAGAAGCAAAUUUAAAUGUAAGGUCUAUGACUUCAGAAUGUAAUGAGGAGCACCUCUCAGCUGUAGCUGCUGCUGAAAACAAAAGCAUCUCAGCAGAUCAAGGCAGUGGCAUUCUGCCUUUAGUGGCAGGUUUAGAUGAUGUAAGUGGCAAGUCAGAACAGAGUGAGAUUUUGAGCUCUACGUCUAAUAUGUAUAAAGAUGAAGUAGCUUCUUCCAUUCCAGUUCUUUCUAACAGGAAUAUCCUUGAGAAUGAAGCAGCAACCAAAGAUUUGCAUGCCAUUGCAGAAACAUUGGAGGGAGACCCUCAAAAUCCUUAUAAAGGUGCAGUCUGUCCAGCCCAAAGGAUAGAAUUAAAACCUUUUGUAGUUAAGGCAUCCAAAGAUGAACCUGCUACUUGUAAUCAAGUGGCAUCACAGGCCACAAAAAUUUGGAAAAAAUCAAAUUCUCAGACUUUCAGAAAUUCAAAUGACGCUGACACUACCAAAAUCCUUAAGUCACUGGAUAAAGAUGACACACAGAAUGUCAAAGUUUGCAUUAAUUUGAAUCCUCAGGCUUCAGAUAUUUGGCAUGAAUUGAGCUGCAAUUCCUCCUCUGAUACUUUAAAGCUAAAUUCAGAGAAUCUUAAAACGAGUCAUCAUAAAAAAACUGACUUUUUGAAUAAAAAAGAUCCACACCGGACAGAGUCUAAUGUUUCAGAGUCCUUUCCUCUCUGUCUUGAAAUAUCUCAGCAUCAAACAGAAUUAGAAGCUUUAAACUUGUGCCAAGGUUCAGCUAAUCAAAGGACAGCAACUUACAGCCAAAAUCUGAGCACAUUACCUGAGCAUUCUGUCAUAAAUACGGAAAAUGAACGAGAUGAUGAAACCAGCAGUGGAUCCUCAGAAGACGAAAAUUUGAGUGAUGCUGCUACUGAAGAGAAUGGUCUGGAGCCUGGGGAAAUACCUAGUUUUCCAGAUCAAAUUUUAAUUGAAGUUGGAGAGAAUACAGCUACUAAGAAUCAGAAGCAUCCUUUAUCAUCUCAGUCUCCUGUGACUGUGAUGCAAGAAGAGCUUUGUAAUACUGAAGAAAUACCAACUGUUUCUCCGGCUGAAAACGAUGAACAGGAAUGCGAGCCAUGGGCCAAACCCCUUGUGCAUCUAUGGCAAAACACAGAUCACAGUUUUCAAGCAGAGAGGGAAUACAAUGCUAAAGCUGCCAAAACUAAGCCUUAUUGUGCUAUCUGCACACUAUUUAUGCCAUACUACCAGUCAGAAGACAAAUCAGAGAAUGAUUCAAAAGAAGCAGAGCUGGAUACCAAACGCUGUCCAGUAACAAAGAGAUUUAAGACCAAACCACUCAUCCCAGAGAUAUGUUUUGCAUAUGGAGAAGAAAAGGCAGAAUCGUGUGCUCCUAGCCCAUUUCUGGAUGAAGAUGGCUUAAGUGCACUAAUAUCAUGCAGGAAGUGCUGUGUACAGGUUCAUGCCAGCUGUUACGGGGUCUGCUCAGCUGAACAUCAUAAUAGCUGGUUCUGCAAUCGAUGUAACACAGAAGCUUGGAAAGCAGAGUGCUGUCUCUGCAAUUUAAGGGGUGGAGCACUGAAGCAGACUACUGAUGACAAAUGGGCUCAUGUGAUGUGUGCCUUGGCUGUGCCUGAAGUGAAAUUUGGUAACCAAAGUAAGCGUAAUUCUAUUGACACAAGCCACAUACCACUUCAGAGGCUCAAGCUGAAAUGCAUCUUCUGUCGGAAAAAAUUCCCAAAAGUGUCAGGAGCUUGUGUCCAGUGCUCAUAUGGUCGGUGCCCAACAGCCUUUCAUGUGACCUGUGCUCACGCAGCUGGAGUGACAAUGGAGCCAGAUGACUGGCCAUAUGUGGUCUAUAUCACCUGUCACAGGCAUAAAAGCAGUCACUCUGUGAAAAACAAACCAUGCAUGAAGAACAUCUCGAUUGGACAGACUGUAAUUACAAAGCACAAAAACCUAAGGUACUACAGCUGCCGGGUUACCAAAGUUAUCUCCCAGACGUUUUAUGAAGUCUUGUUUGAAGAUGGCUCUUUCAGCAAUGAUACAUUUCCAGAAGAUAUUGUUAGCAAGGACUGUCUUCAGCAAGGUCCUCCAACAGUUGGUGAAUCUGUUCAGGUCAAGUGGCCAGAUGGUCUGUGCUAUGGGGCUAAAUUCUUAGGAUCUAAUACAUCACACAUGUAUCAGGUGGAGUUUGAAGAUGGCUCUCAGCUUCUAGCAAAGAGAGAAGAUAUUUAUACUUUAGAUGAGGAACUCCCUAAAAAGGUCAAAGACCGUCUUUCUACGGCAUCCACCAUGCGUUUUGAAGACACUUUUUGUGCAGAAGACACGAUGCAAGGGCAAAGGAAAAGGAAACGAGUAUUGAGCUCAAGAUUUAAAAAUGAAUAUGUUGAUGACCCGGGAUACCGGACCUUCCUUAAAAGCAGCUUCAAACAUCAGGGACACUAGGGACAAUAAGAAAAGAAGCCAUUGAAGCCAUUUCAUCAUAAAAGGAUGGGAGUAAUUAAUUUUUUGAUGGUUGAUCAUGUAAAAUUUCUUCUAAAACAUUGAUAUAAAUCAGGGAAGUGUAUUUGCUCACACUAGAUUUCACACACAAUAAAUACUUACACCAUGUAUAAAUUAUGUGUUUCAUUAUCUGUUUUUUUACACAUCAAAGAUAUUAAAACAUAUUUAUGCUUAUUUUGUAAAUGUUUUAAUAUUUUCAACUCUUGUAUUUUUUAAAGAUUUCUAAGCUGAGUAGCAUUUUGUUCUCUCUCUUUAUUCUUCUUCUAGAAUGCUUACCUACUGUGUAAUUUAGCAGAUUUUCUAUAUUUAAAUAAAGUACAAAGAGUAAAGUUUCUAUUAUUUUUCAGGCAUGUCGAAAAGUACCUUCUACUGUUUUGUGAUUUAUUUUUUCCCUUAAGAUUAAUAAUUUUUUCAUGUUUAUAAUCGGAAGUAUAUUUCCCCUUUUUGUAAUUUAUUUGGGCUUCCUUUAAAAAUAUUGUUGACUAAUGAACAUUCAAAAAUAAAGAUGGUAGUUUUGUCAUG